GAGUCCCCAGGCAGCCCGCACUGGUGACAGUCCCCGCCUCCCCCGCCGCUGAUAGCCCUGCUGGUGACCCCGCCGCCCCGCUGCAUUCUGGGAUGGGGGCUCGGAGGAGGCGGCUCGGGGUCUGAUGGCGGCGGAUCCCAUCCGGUUAAACUGGAGGCAGGUGACCUCGGCCAGCGGUCCGGUCCCUCAUUCCCGGCACGGACACCGCGCUGUGGCCAUCCGGGAGCUGAUGAUCGUCUUUGGGGGCGGGAACGAGGGAAUAGCAGAGGAGCUGCACGUCUAUAACACGGUUACGAAUCAGUGGUUCCUCCCAGCGGUUAGAGGAGAUAUUCCCCCAGGUUGUGCUGCCCAUGGAUUUGUCUGUGAUGGGACAAGGAUCCUGGUUUUUGGAGGGAUGGUGGAGUAUGGAAGAUACAGCAAUGAUCUAUUUGAAUUGCAGGCAAGUCGCUGGCUGUGGAGGAAAUUAAAGCCUCAACCUGCUUCUAACGGAUCCCUGCCUUGUCCUCGACUGGGACACAGCUUUUCCCUCCAUGGCAAUAAAUGUUAUUUGUUUGGCGGCCUGGCUAACGAGAGUGAGGACACCAACAACAAUAUUCCUAGGUACUUAAAUGAUUUAUAUGAACUUGAGUUACGUCCAGGAAGUGGAGUGGUUGGCUGGAAUAUUCCACAGACCAAGGGAACACCUCCAUGUCCACGAGAGUCCCACUCAGCUGUCAUAUACAGCAGAAAGGAUAAUCGGAAAUCUAAGCUUUAUAUCUUUGGAGGGAUGUCCGGAUGUCGUCUUGGCGACCUGUGGGAGCUUGAAUUUGAAACUUUGACCUGGAAUAGUCCAGAAGCUAAAGGAGCAGCACCGUUACCUAGAAGCCUUCACACAGCUAAUGUGAUAGGGAAUAGAAUGUAUAUAUUUGGUGGCUGGGUUCCCCAAACUGCAAAUGGUGACAACUCGCCUGCUCAAGAAAAUCAGUGGAAGUGUACUUACUCUUUUUCCUACUUGGAUCUGGACUCCAUGGAGUGGACCAUGUUAAUGGCAGACGGCUCAGAAGAGAACGCUAACUGGCCAAGACCAAGAGCAGGACAUUGUGCAGUCACAGUUGGAAAACGCCUGUAUAUAUGGAGUGGAAGGGAUGGUUACAAGAAGGCAUGGAAUUAUCAAGUGUGUUGUAAAGACCUUUGGUACAUUGACACAGAAAAGCCAUCAACAUCCUCACAAGUUCAGCUAAUCUUGGCUACCACAAACUCAUUUCAUGUGAAAUGGGAUGAACUGCCAACUGUUGAAAGGUAUCUUCUACAGCUAAGCCCGGAAUUACCAGUGUCUCCGUGUGAUGGAAAACCUGCCCAAUUCAGUGAACUUUCAACACAGAGUUCUUGUAUUUUGCCAUAUGCUGCUCCUUUACACCUACUUCAGAGUGGACUUUCAUACCCUCAAAAUGUGGAGGAAAAUGCUAAUUGCCCAGAAUCUUCUGCAAGCUGCAUGUUUCCUUCUGAACACAGAGUGGAACCCCUUCACCAGAAUAGCAGUAGUGGACCAGUAACCCAGAGUUCCACACCCAGUUGUUUGGCAAAGUCUACUAACCAUAGUGUUGUUGGAGUGAAGAUAACCUCAACAGAGAAACAAGCACUUUCCAGUGUAACUGUAGAAUUAAAUGGCCAAUUACAACAGUCGUCUGGGCCUAACACAGCAGGUCCUCAUACAUCAUCUAAUUUGAAUGAUGUGCAUGCCUUGGACAUAGGAAUUUUAACACCUGAGGUUUCAGCAUCCUGCAUUGUCUCCAGUGCACAAUCUAUGGUAACCCAGCAGAGCAUUAAAACUGAGUCAUCACGUACAAAUGGGGCACUUGUUAGAGAUGAAACUUCACAAACUACACUCAGUACACAACGUGAAGCUACAGUCUCCACAUCGACAACACGCACAAGUGAGAAACUGAUUUCCCAGUCAAAGAGCGCACUGGCAAAUGGGCAGGUUACAGAAAAGUCUGCAGUAAAGAAUGGCCAGAGGAAGUGGUAUGAUGUCGGGAUCUUCCAAACCAAUAGUGCUGUGGUCAAUCACUUCUUUGUGCUUCCAGAAGCGAACCAGGGCACAUCAGGCAAGGAUGCUGAUGCUUCUUGCUACACUUUGUUAAAGAAAUAUGAACUUGGUCCCGGCAGUGUGUACAGAUUCAGAGUUGCAGCAAUUAAUGGAUGUGGAGUUGGUGCUUUCAGUAAAAUUAGUGAGUUUAAGACUUGCAUUCCUGGAUUUCCUGGAGCUCCAUCAUCCGUAAAAAUUACAAAGAGUGCAGACUGUGUCCAUAUUUCAUGGGAAACGCCUUCCUCGCCAACGGGAAACAUUUUAGAAUAUUCUGCCUUCUUGGCCAUACGUACUUCACUUCCUGAGGCUCAGAACCAGCUGGCGUUCAUGAAGAUUUACAGUGGUGUGAAGACAUCCUGCACUGUAACCUCUGCUCAGCUGGCAAACGCUCACGUUGAUUGCAGCUCCCGGCCUGCUGUUGUUUUCAGGAUUUCAGCAAAGAAUGAAAAGGGUUAUGGACCAGCCAUACAAGUUCGAUGGCUUCAAGCAGAGAAAACGUGAAGGUCAUUGUGGAAUCGCCUUGACAAGAUGCAACAGCAAAGUGCCACUUCCAAUGGAUGGUUGCCACUAUUGUAAAUGAAAGGAAUUGUUUUCAGCGUGUGCUAAGUGUAGCUAUAUGUUUCACUUUUUGUAAUAUU